ACGGCGAAGCCGGGGCAGCGCGGCGGCCCUGAGCCGCGGCCAUGGAGGAGCUGACGGCGUUCGUCUCCAAAUCGUUUGAUCCCAAAGCGAAGGAGAAGAAGGAGCUCAUCACCUACCGCGAGGUGCUGGAGAGCGGACCCCUGCGCGGAGCCCGGGAGCCCGGCGGGGCCGCGGCGGAGUCGGGCCGGGACGAAGCGGGCAGCCCCGCGGGGCGGGCGGGCGGCGGGCGCUCCCCGCCGCGGGAACCCGACGCCGCCGCCGAGAGAGCCGCCGACGCGGCCACCCCGAAGCUGAGCGACGUGUCCCCAGAGCUGAAGGAGCGCAAGGAGGAUGCGAAAGGCAUGGAAGACGAAGGGCAGACGAAAAUCAAGCAGAGGAGGAGCAGGACGAAUUUCACCCUGGAGCAGCUGAACGAGCUGGAAAGGCUUUUCGACGAGACCCACUACCCGGACGCCUUCAUGCGGGAGGAGCUGAGCCAGCGGCUGGGGCUGUCCGAGGCCCGCGUGCAGGUCUGGUUCCAGAACAGAAGAGCCAAAUGCCGAAAGCAAGAGAACCAACUGCACAAAGGGGUGCUCAUCGGGGCCGCCAGCCAGUUCGAAGCCUGCCGGGUGGCCCCAUACGUCAACGUGGGAGCGCUGCGGAUGCCCUUCCAGCAGGUUCAGGCGCAGCUGCAGCUGGACAGCGCCGUGGCCCACGCACACCACCACCUCCACCCGCACCUGGCCCACGCGCCCUACAUGAUGUUCCCCGCUCCGCCCUUCGGGCUGCCGCUCGCCACCUUGGCCGAGUCCGCCUCCGCCGCCUCCGUGGUGGCCGCCGCCGCCGCCGCCAAGACCACCAGCAAGAACUCGAGCAUCGCCGACCUGCGGCUGAAGGCCAAGAAGCACGCGGCCGCCCUGGGGCUGUGACCGCCGCAGCGCUGCGCGGCUCCGGGCGGGGGAACGGAGAGCCGCGGGGGAGAGCGGGCGCUGCCGGCGGGGACGGACUGAUCUGAGAGCCGGACGGAGCAGACGCGCAGCUGGGAAGUUCACAGGGUUUGAAACUGACCUUUUUCUGCGGAGUUCACUUUAAUACGAGAAAUUUGAUAAGAGAGGCGGGCCUCCUUUCACGAUGCAUCAGAUCCUCGGGCUGAACGACCACGUCGGGAGCA